AUGCAGUUUGUGUCUAGGCUACCCUCCAUCCUUCUGCUGGGGGUGGUGUAUGUGGCCUUUGUGCUGGCUGGUGGGGCGGUGUUCUGGAGACUGGAGGGGGGCCUUGUGGAACAGAACCUAGUUCGACUCAGAGAAGAAAAGAGCAGAUUGCUCCAGAGGCUCAGCUGCUUGGAUAUCCAAAGCCUUGAAGAAGUGGGCCAGCUGAUCCGAUCAGCAUCCAAGUAUGGCCUCAGUCUAAAGAGCAACUCCACCUCGGAUGGCUUCUGGAAGUUUACCAGCUCCUCCAUCUUUGCUGCCACUGUCGUCACCACAAUUGGUUAUGGAAAUAUCAGUCCCGGGACUAUGUAUGGACAGAUCUUCUGUGUUUUCUUUGCUUUGGUUGGGAUCCCUCUUAAUGUAGUGGUCCUCAACAAAGUUGGCAAAUACAUGCUGUCCAUUGAGAGAAAAUUCUGUCACUUCAUUGAGCAGAAGACCAACCGCAAAAAGUGUGUUCGGGUGUUCAUCCACAGUUUGUCAUUUGCCACUUUGGCGGUGUUGUACUUUGUGGCACCUGUGAUGAUCUUUCAGCAGUAUGAAGGUUGGUCCUAUGCUGAAGCAGUGUACUACUGUUUCAUCACCCUCAGCACCAUUGGCUUUGGAGACUAUGUUGCUGAUAAUGACCCUGACCGCUAUUACCCUGAGUGGUAUGCAUUCAUCAUGGGUGCCUGGAUCUUUUUUGGCCUGGCUUGGCUGGCCCUUCUCAUCAACCACUGCAUUGACCUCCUUGAGGGAUUUAAUGGCUACCUGAAAGAAAAGCGAGAGGGUACGGCCUCCAUGUCACAGGGCAGCCAACCGGACGAGACCCAGGCACCAGAAAAAAGCAUCAAGUGA